AUGUCAUGUCUGUAUGGCGUACUAUUCUAUAUCUUGCUACUUCUUGUCGGAGCCGAUGCAUCAUAUAUAACUCCCACUUUUGGUCCGAACUCCUCCCAGCUUCCAGUCCAUACAUCUACACCCAGCGACUCUAUAAACGACACCCCUUCGGUUACGUCAAACACCGAGAACCAUAUAACACUGAUCCAGAAUCAAAAUGGCUGUCUGGAAGACCCGUUGCACCCUGACUUCACAUUUAGUCUAUUAGACCCUAAUGACGGUAUCCCAUUCAUCAACGCCAGUGGCAGUAUACAUAAAGCGACCAAGAUUGUGGAUCCUAUACCUCACUUUCGUUUCGAAAAGCCUGCAGAGUCAUCUACAGAUAACUACGAUCUCAAGCUAAGCAAUUCAUAUGUCGCAAUUAAUCUCGAUGGAGAGGUUGUCCUUACCACGUCGAGAUCUAGGGGCUGGUUUUGGGCAGACGGUUGUGGAUGCUUUAUUAUUACCUCCGUUUUCAAGUACACUUGUGAGGGAGGAAUUCUCUUGGAUGCUCCAGAUAUUGUUUCUUCUACACUGGUCAUACAACACGGUGCCCUCGUUGUAAAGCGACACUCGCCACAUUACAACUCAACAACGCCUGGUAACACAUCGAGCAAUUCGAUAGACUCUGUGGCGAACGAUACGAUAGCCCACACAUCAAGGAGGAAGAGCCUGCCUCACUACAGCUUGGUCCUACUGCCGUCCUUAGUCUACCGCCUGGAAGUAGCAGAUUUGGGAAUCUACACAGACCAGCAUUAUCCAGACGAUCAAACGCAUUUCACACGCAAAGAUACAAAACCAUCUCAGUCAAACGAAUCUAGGUUCGAAGGCGGCAUCAACGUUGUUACUGGCUCUAAUUUCGGAGCAUGUCAUAGAUCUUACAACGAUUGCCUCGAUACCUGCCGCCGCAAUUUUAUGUCGUGUAAAAUGCAAUAUGGCAACUGCAUGCGAAAUGAAUGUCGCAAAAAGUAUUGUCGUGGCCUUCAACGAUGGGGUUGUCUCAAUCUUGCCUCACUUUACGAAUGGACAGCAAUGGGUACAGAUGCCAAAAAGGCGGUCUUGUCCUCAACCCAUAAAAACUGUGAAUGCAGAUCUGUAGAGCCUCAAGCUCUUCGUGCCAACGCAUCCACGUCAGUGUUCCACUACCAAGACAAUCAUGAAAGUUAUGGAGAUUUCAUACAACCUGGUAACAGCAGGGACGUCAAGAAGCUGUUUGAUCAACUGGCUGAACUACUCAACCUAGUCACUAAGAUACUUGAUGAAAAGUAUGCGGGCUUAGGUUCACAGUCAACUAUCAAAAUGAAUAGCGAGACGGUCGACGAAGCGAUUGACGACUCAUCUCACUCGAUGGUCUUCAUCGGAGGGUACAUCAUGACUGCAUGGCUCUGCCUUGCGAUUCGUGAAUACUUUUAUCGCACCUGUAAUCAGCAUCUUUUCUUUCCAGAAAUCAAGACACAACGUGCCUCCAUCAUCACUAGACAGAAGGACCCAUUAGUACUUGAGAAACGUCGACAGGCCAAGAAAUAUCGACGUCGGAGAAGCAGUUUAGUCAUAGGAAACCACAAUGGCAUCUGUCUCAAGCUCCGCAAAGACAAUCGUGACAAAGCGGCAUCUUCGAUGCAAGCGAAUAGUGAACAAAGCGUUGAACUCAGUCAACUCCCGGGGUUCUGGAACCACCCAUAUCCAUUCGAAAAUGCAGCAGUUUCUCCAGCGCUGAACAUACCGAGUAUCACUCGAAGACAGGGCGAUGAACUUGAAACGCUUUUCAGGGAAUUGAGUCAUCUUUUAGCACAUCCCACCAGGCCUUUUUAUUCCGUACACUUAGCCGUCAACUUAAUGAAUGCCAAUCAACAGGCGAUUCCUGGUCGAGUGUGGGCAUAUACCUUUCCAGUAGCGAUCGUAACAUCACCAAAAACCCUAAGGGCUCAAGCCACUGGUCUACUCCGUGACGAUCUUGAUUGCAUUUGGACACCGAUGACAGCUACGCCCAACCGUGUUUCUGGAGCCGUCUUGGCCCGGUACCGAUAUUUGAUAAUCAUCCAUAGACACAAAGGAGGUUCUAUCAAUACGGAUAUUUACACCAUGAGUGUUUAUGAUCGAGAGUUCCAAGAUACGCGAUGGCACGAUCCAGGUGUCGGCACCCCUGCUGAGGUCCUCGCUCGUCAAAACGCUGUGACGACUUGGUGGAACAACUCAACAUACCAGUUCGCGGGAUGUCCUGGACUUGGGCCACCGACCACCUUUCACAGGGGCUAUGUAAACUUCCAAACUUGUCUGGAUCUUGCGCGCCGGCAGUCUCCACUCCAGCACGUCGGUUGGACGCUGUAUAAUGUGAUGGCCUGGGCCAUCGAGCUGACGAUACGAGCUCACGUACCUGUGCUGCAGACGGUAUUCCCGGAUUCUGUGCUAUUAGCGACCGGCUUCAACAACCUGACACGGCUCCACUCUGAGCUGUUCAUCACUUUAUACCACAACAGAGCCGCCGGGUUUAAUAACAGUGCUAACUUCAACUCUCCGGUGGCCGUGUUGGCAAAUUAUGGCAGAAACAUCAAGAAUUUCACUUAUAGUGUCCUUCUUCAGCACCGCAUUCAGGGAUUACCACCCGGAGCGAUGCCAUCUCAGGGCGCUUUUACUCUCUUAUGGAUGACAGCAGUGUCGCCGCUUGUUUAA